AUGGAUGUUGAUGCAGAUGGAUUUAGGCCUAUUUUUAGGAUAAAUGUAGUCGACAGGUCCUUUGAAGGACCAAUGAAUUCAUCACCGUCCCCACCUCGGUGCUGGACAGUCGACAAUGAUUUGAAUAAUUACAAGAGCGAUGGCGAUCAUCCCAUGAAUAUGGAAGAUGACUAUGUGCAUAUGAAAGAUGUUUCAUCGAACUUACAAGAUGUGGAAGAGGACUGUAGAACGGGAUCCCAACCAGUACAUUCCUUCUCUGACGAAACCAAUUUUUAUAAUGAUCAAACAUUUGCUGACAAGAAACAACUGAAACUACUACCAGAUGGAGCAGCGGUGAGGCAGUCUUUUGAUUAUCGUAUGGAGAAGAGCUGCACCAAAUUGUUGAAGGAAAAAUGUCUAUCCCCUAGUUGUGGAUGGUUGUUGCGGGCAAGAAAGUAUGAAACCUCGGACAUAUUUCACAUAUACAAGUAUGUCAGGAUGCAUACGUGUGGUGUUGAACAUGCCACCCGAAAGCAUAAGAAAAUGUCAUCUGAAUUGAUUGCUUCACUAUGCGUAAAUCAUUUUCGGGAUGGAAAUAGUCCAAGCAUAAGUGAAAUUCAAAGAAUUGUGUUCAAGGAGUUGCAUUGCCACGCAAGCUACUGGAUGUGUUGGAAUAAAAGUGUAAUUGCAAAGAACAUCAUUCACGGGACACCGGAGCACGGAUAUGCUUGCUUGCCUGUUUUUCCCCAUAUGGUGGAGUUGUUGAAUCCAGGGUCUUCCUACUCUAUCAUGGGAUAUGCCCACAUGAGAAAGGUAAUUGUCGUCGAUGGCACAUAUUUGUAUGGAAAGUAUGGGGGCGUGUUACUGAGUGUAGUUGCACAAGACACUGAAAAUCACAUCUUUCCAAUUGUCUUUUGUGUCAUCGAUAAAGAGAACGAUGCUUCUUGGACCGUCUUCUUUCAGAAGUUGAAGUCUAUUGUAGAAGAUGAACCAUAUCUACAUGUCAUCUUCAACAGGAACAUUAGCAUCACUAAUGCCUUCUCCCGUGUAUAUAGUCGUGCACAUCAUGGACUUUGCAUGAGACACCUCGCUGAAAAUCUCCAUGUAAAUCAACACUGUGGAGAACAUCUUUAUCUAUUCUACACCGAGGAAAAGGCAUAUUCCCUUGAUGAGUUUAGCAAGAAUUUUGAGAAAUUGAAGUAUAAUAGUCCCGAGGCAGCAUAUGUCCUUGAAAAUGUGCUUGGUUAUGGAAACUCCAUCUACGAGUACUCUUUGCCAAUUUAUAAAGUUGCAAGUUACCUCCUCGCAUACUCGGAAGCAAUUAAUGUUCUCCCUCUAGAGGCCGAAUGGAAUGUGCCAUAG